AUGUUGGCUUCUCUACGUGAGCGUAGAGGGUCGGGCUCAACGGGAUCCGAGGCAGAUCCAGACCUCGUCCUGGACAGAGCUCGAGCUGCUCUUGAAGAAGAGCACUCGAUGAAUUUAUGGACGGCUGUCAAGACGUAUCCAAAAGCCAUAGGAUGGUCUGUCCUGGCCUCGACGUGUAUUGUUAUGGAAGGCUAUGACUUGGUGGUCAUCUUCAGCUUCUUCGCCUUUCCGGCUUUCUCAAAGAAGUAUGGACAUCUUACUGAGGACGGAAGUUAUCAAGUCACGGCAGCCUGGCAAACAGGAUUGACCAAUGGUACUUGCAUUGGUGAGAUGAUCGGCUUAGCCUUGACCGGCAUCUUCGCAGACAAGUACGGUCAACGCUGGACAAUCAUUGGUGCCUUAGCUUUGGUGUCAUGCUUCAUCUUCAUCACAUUCUUCUCUCCCAAUAUUAGGGUACUACUCGUAGGCCAGAUUCUUUGCGGCAUACCCUGGGGCGUGUUCCAGACCAUCACUCCCUCUUACGCCGCCGAGGUGGUUCCAACAGAGCUCAGACCGUACCUCACAUGUUACGUGAAUCUCUGCUGGGUCAUGGGCCAAAUCAUUGGAUCUGGAGUGCUUCGAGCACUAGUCGACAGAACUGACCAGUGGGGAUACAGGAUCCCUUACGCAUUGCAAUGGAUCUGGCCGAUACCGCUCGCCGUAGCCAUGUUUUUGGCGCCCGAAAGUCCUUGGUGGCUAGUCCGACAAGGUCGCAUCCAGGAAGCCGAGAGAUCGGUAAAUCGCUUGAUGAGCAAACAGGGCCAAGAGGCUUUCGACAGUCAAAAGUCCGUCGCGGCUAUGAUACACACCAACGAGAUGGAAAAACAAGUCACGCUGGGCACAUCAUAUCUGGACUGCUUCAAAGGCAUCGAGCUUCGCCGUACAGAGAUAUGCUGCAUGGUUUGGAUGAUACAGAUUCUCUGCGGCGGAGGCAUCAUGGCAUUCUCGUCAUACUUCUUCGAACGCGCUGGACUCAACACAGCUUAUUCUUUCGACCUUACAAUGGCACAAUACGGUCUGGGUGCUAUAGGAGUCUUCAUUGCUUGGGCUUUGCUACCUUGGGUUGGUCGCCGAACGCUCUUCCUCUUUGGACAGGUUAUCAUGAUGGUUCUCCUGCUCAUCAUCGGAUUCAUCGGUGUUGCACCGAAGAAUCAGCCGUCAUCAUGGGCGGUCGGCGCGCUGCUUCUUCUCUACGUGUUCGUCUACGACAUCACGAUUGGACCACUAACCUACUCGUUCGUCUCGGAGAUCUCGUCAACCAGAUUACGACAGAAGACGAUGGUGUUGGCACGCAAUGCAUACCUAGUAGCAAACAUCAUCAGCAAUGUGCUAACACCGCACAUGCUGAAUCCGACAGCGUGGGACUGGGGACCCAAGACAGGACUGUUUUGGGCGGGCAGCUGUUUCUUGACGACAGUGUGGGCAUACUAUCGACUACCUGAACCUAAGGGACGCACAUAUGCAGAACUGGAUGAUCUGUUUGAGCGUAAGAUUCCAGCUCGGAAGUUUGCCACUACUGUCGCGAAUCCAUUUGAUACUGGGCGGCGGCAUGGCUCAAUAAACGAUCCUCCAAGCAGGCAAGAGGAGCGGAAGACGGAAGCGACCUGA